AUGAUGGACAGCAGGAUACUGGAUCCACCUCACGCCCAGUUCGGAGGCUCUCUCGGCGGGAUGGUGGGCUUCCCGUACCAUCUGAGCCACCAUCACGUUUACGAAUUAGCCGGUCAUCAACUUCAGUCUGCGACCGCGGUUCCUUUUUCAAUAGACGGAUUACUUAAUGGUUCCUGCACGGCUUCAGUGGUUAAUUCCAACCCCCUCUUGUCUUCGGGCUGCGGGAUGAAUGGAGAUAAUCAGCAGUAUAAACUGACAGACUCGGGGGACCCAGACAAAGAUAGCCCCGGUUGCAAGAGACGAAGAACUCGCACAAAUUUCACUGGUUGGCAGCUGGAGGAAUUAGAAAAGGCUUUUAAUGAGAGCCACUAUCCCGACGUGUUCAUGAGGGAGGCACUGGCUCUCCGAUUGGACUUGAUAGAAUCGAGGGUUCAGGUAUGGUUUCAAAACCGCAGAGCCAAAUGGAGGAAAAAGGAGAACACAAAGAAAGGUCCUGGGCGACCAGCUCACAACUCGCACCCGACGACCUGCAGCGGGGAGCCCAUGGACCCCGAUGAGAUCGCCAGGAGGGAGCUGGACAGGCUGGAGAAGAAGAAGAGGAAGCAGGAGCGACGGCUGCUCAAGUCCCAGAACAAACUUCUUUCUUCGGACAUGUUUCACACCCCGGGAUCAGACAGUGACAGCGGGGUGUCGCAUGUGACGGACAGCGAGAUCAGCACAGGCCCGCUUUAUGAACCUGCGGGGAGAAACCAAACGCAAUCGAGCUGCGACCAAACACCUCACCCUCUGCAGACCCAGAACCAGAACCAAAGACACUUAGACCGGGAUGUUGGCGGAUCCGAGCUGGACUCGACCGAUGCCAGCCACCACCGGUCCAGCCUGUGCUCCGGCAACAGCAGAGCCUCCGACCACCAGAAACUCAACCCCUUUAGCGUCGAAAGCCUCCUGUCGGACUCUAGACCGCGACGCAGCCCUGCAGCCUUACCCUCCUCACGGCCUUUGAUAGGAAAGGGACACUUCUUGCUCUACCCCAUCACACAGCCGCUUGGAUUCAUUGUUCCUCAAACUGCUCUGAAGACAGCAGCAGCGCCAAACUCUGACAGCAACACUGACAGCCCGGCGGAGAGAAACCAGUCGAGUGUCCGCAGCGUCUCUGGAUGUAAGAAUGGCACGUCGGACUCUCCAGAUGCCACGCAAAGCGACUCAUUACCAAGCAAAGGGCAGGUCGGAUCAGAGAGCAAGACGAGUUCACCGCACAGCAGCCCGUCCAGGGCCACGUUUUUCAGUGGCAAAAGUACCCAGACCUCAGUUAGUUGCAGUGACUCGACUUUUCCAGACGAUUCAAGUCCACAACUUAGGCCUGUUAAGCCUGUCGACAGAGACAGAAAAGAACAAUUAGAUAAAGAGCACCCCGAGAAUCCCGAGUCUGUACUAACUAACAGUCCGCCAGAAACAAAGACAGACUCUAAGGAAGAUGUCGUCAUGGAAUAA